ACCGCUGGUGUGAUCAGACAAGGCAAACGAGUUCUGGUCCCGUCGCGUGUCUCCUCACACGGACGCUUUCAUCAGAGCUGAUCGCAGAUCGGAUCUGCAGAGCCGGACCGGACCGGAUCCGCCUGUGGGAAUCCAGCUGGUUUCAUGAGAACCAUCAGAGAGCAGCGCAUCGAUGUGUCUACAUGAUUGAUCCGGAUGAGGGGGGCGGGUUCUAAAGACGCCCCAGCGCCCCGCAGAGGAGCGCAAUGCAAACUCCACACCGUUAGCAUCGAAGCUAUCUUAGCAUGCUGAGCCAUGCUAAUAAUAGCAAUGUGAAGUGUGUCUAGUCACACAGGUGAGCCUCAUCAGCCUGUGACAUCACAGCAAGCAGAGCGCGGCUGCGCAGUGAGACAGUAUGCUGCCUGUCUGUCUGCUGCUGGCACACUCAGCUUUAAGCUGGAGUCUGAUCCAGAACCCGCUGAAUGGGACUUUAAAUGGAACUCUGCAGGACCCCGAGAUCUUCUCUGGAUACUUUGGAUUCAGAGACGUGUCGGGGGUGCGCUGCUUCAGUCCAGAACAGGAGCUGGAGUCCCGGAUAAUUGGGGGUCAAGAGGCCUGGGCCAACUCGUGGCCGUGGCAGGUCUCCCUGCAGUUUGCCUCCAUGCCGGCUUGUGGAGGUGCCAUCAUUGCACCCUUGUGGGUCGUCUCCGCAGCUCACUGCUUCAAAAGGUUCAAUAAAGCUUCUUCCUGGAUGGUUCUGGCUGGAAAACACGACCUGGAUAAUCCUCAUGAACCCAGACAACAACUGGUCGGAGUCUCUGAGAUCCAGAACCCUCCUGGCUACAACCCGCUGACCAAAGAGAGCGACCUGGCUCUGCUGAGGCUGCAAACCCCGCUGGUCUUCAACAGCUUUGUCAGGCCCAUCGACCUCUGGAUGUCUCCGCUGCCCCUCUUCAGCGAGUGCACCAUCACGGGCUGGGGCUCCACCCGAGAGAAUGGCCCACGAGUUAACAGACUGCAGGAGGUUAACGUGACCAUACUUCCACCUGAAGCCUGUGACGAGUACUACCGCGGGAGGAUCCAACCCUCCAUGUUCUGUGCUGGAAAGCACACUGGAGGAGCAGAUGCCUGCCAGGGGGACUCCGGAGGUCCGCUGGCCUGCUUCACGGGAAGCCGGUAUGAACUGGCCGGUCUGGUGAGCUGGGGGGUUGGUUGUGGACGAGAAAAGAGACCAGGGGUUUACUCCAAAAUCCAACAACACACACUGUGGAUGUCCGAGGUCAUGGAUCAGCACGGGGUGUAUGCGGAUGAUGUCAAUACUAAAGAGAGCAUGUGUGGUAUGCUGCAGAGCUCCAGCUGUGAGAAGGUUCCGGGCCUCGCCACACUCUUCGUGUCAAAGAGCGGUGGUGUGUCUGUGGGCAAUGUGACGGAGCCCUGCCCCUUCUUCUGGCCCUGGCAGGUAAGCCUGCAGGCCAACGGACGGCACUACUGCAGUGGAGUGCUGAUCCAGGGCCAGUGGGUCCUCACGGCACAGCACUGCAACGUCAGAGCCGAAGACGAUGUGGUUCUGGGAGUCCAUGAUCUUCGGUUCUCUUCGUCCCAAACUGUCCCCGUGGACGAGGUCUUCAAUCUGCCUCAGGAUGGCAGCUUCCCUCCGGGCUCGGACCUGUCACUUCUCCGCCUCGCUGUAACUGCCAGAUUUGGCUCCAAUGUGUCUCCAAUUUGUGUUCCUGAUGAGGAGGACAAUGAGGACCUCGAUGCCAGCUGGUCUUGUGUCACAGCGGGCUGGGGAGUUUCUAAAGCAGCAGAACCUGUGGACCCGGAGCGGCUGCACCACGUCGGACUGACUCUAGUGAACAAGACGAGCUGCAGGGAGAAGUGGGGGGCGCUGGUCACUGACUCUCACAUCUGUUCACACCCUGCAGGCUCAAUCUCCUGCAUGGGUGACUCUGGCGCUCCACUGGUGUGUCAUCGCCGCGGUGCCUACUUCCUGUUUGGCGUGGUCACAUGGGGCAGUCGCCGUUGCCAGGCGGACAAACCGGCCGUCUUCUCCAGAGUGUCUGAGUAUUACUCGUGGAUCAGCAACAUCACUAAAGAUCCCUGAAUGUUUGAAGAAAUAAAGUUUGACUGGAAGCUGC